CCUGGCGAGAAUGGCCCCUCCCGACGUGUCGAUGCCAGCCGUAUCCUCCACCUGAUGAGUGCUGUCAGGUUAUAUUACAGGACAGAGUAUUGUUAUCAGUACGCCGUUACCGUUCCUGGCUGCGCCUGCAGAUCUGGCCCGGGGAGUGGGGUCGGGGUUUCUUCCGUGCCCGCUGCAACCACGCAACGGACACACCUUCUAGGCAACAUCAAGGCUUCCCGUGACUCGGUGUAUCUGUAUCUGGCAAAACGCUGAGGAGUCCAGAACUCCAAUACCAGAGUGAGGUUACUUCAUUUUUCAUCUUGCUGGCCGUGGAAUAGUCGAGACAACCCGCAGGCAGCACAACGCCCAAAAAAGGAACACUGACGUCAUGCAGAAGGCGCCGAACCCGACGCCGGGGCCGGCAACGCUGCAGGUCCCGGAUGCUGCCGCUGGGGACCGGUGGCCGCUCGGGCCCCCAGGGGCGUCUACGAGCGAUCCAAGCAGCCUCUCUACCCUGCAGUGGUCCUCCAGGGACCCCCGAACAUCAUCGACACAAUCGCUGACCCCGUCGUCAGACGAUGAAGACAACGCCGGCGCUCUCCAGAAGCGGACUCUGCUCGUCAUUUACAUCCACGGCUUUAUGGGAGACAAGUCAUCCUUCCGCUCGUUCCCGGCUCAUGUGCACGCACUCCUGAAGGACCUUCUUGCAGAAACCCAUGUCAUCCACACCAAGAUCUACCCCCGUUACAAGACAUACAAGUCUAUUGAUGUUGCCUGUGACAACUUUAGCAAAUGGUUGGCUCCCCAUGAAUCACCUACCACCGAUGUGGUUCUCGUGGGACAUUCCAUGGGUGGCCUGCUCGCUGCAGAGGUGGUUCUCUUGCCCAACCAGAGCCCAUACAAUUAUUCAUCUCCUUUCCGCCAUCGGAUUCUGGGCACUAUUUCUCUUGACGCUCCCCUUCUCGGCCUGCAUCCGGGUGUCGUAGUUACUGGCAUCGCGAGCCUCUUCAGGCCCGUCUUGAGCCCAACAUCGAUAAAGGAGGACUCCCGGUCCGAGUAUGUCCAGGCUGCCCAGUUACAGAAUCUCCCACCAGAUCCAUUCAUCUACUCAGACAUGUCAGCGUCGCCAGCCGACGGAGCACUUGACCCUUUUUUCGACCCUCCAUUCAAGAACGAUGUUGCUUACAUAAACCGCGGGUGGCUCAAAAACGCUCUCAAUUUUAUAACCAAGCAUAAGGAGGAGAACCUGGCUUACGCAGCGGCAAAACACCUUUUCUCUCACCUCGAGUUCGGCGCCUGCCUGGCCGACUAUCCUGAGCUGAGGUCCAGGUACAAUCGACUUAGGAGGUUGGAGGAUGUCGACGACGUGCGCGAACCGGGAGCUGUUCGCGUCCGGUUCGUCAACUACUACACCGUCUCUACAGGGAUUCUCAGACAGACUGGGCCAGCGUCGCCACAUGUGUCCCAAAAACACUUCGAUGUGCCCAAGGAGUCAAACAGGUCUUCACUACAACUGGAUUCGCCAGGCUUGAACCCGAGGCAGUCAGCCAAGGGCUCCCGAGUGUCAACCCCAAGGAUAUCAAUUGAAGAGUACAGCGAUAGCCAUGGAAUCGAGCGCCUCCAGAUUCUUGAUCCUACCCCGGAGCCGGAGCCGGAGUCGGAGCCGCCGCUCGCAUCAACUGAGAGUCGUCCGGAUACCGAGUCAACGCCACCUGAUGGCGAACUCGCUUCUGAUAACACCACGAACCAGGACCUCAACCUCCCCUCUAUCCCCUCCGUUCCUACCGCUCCCACACCCCCCGACCUCGACAGCUACCCCGACAAAGAGUCCCGCAAGCAGGCGGAAAAGACAUUCAAAGUCGCGCUAAAGGCCCACGCUCAAGCCCUCAAAGCCCGGGAGAAAGCCAUCAAGGACCAACAAAGGGCGCUCGACAAACAGCACCGCGAAGCCCUCAAGCUCGAAAAGAAACAAGCCAAACUGCAAAAAUCGCCUCCACCACCACCGAUCCCUGGCCGAGAACACCACCCCCUGAAUGAGGAAACACGAGAGCAGGAAAACAAGAAACCGCCCCGCCGCCGCAAGUUCUGCAUGCUGCCCCCCAAAUCAGCCACGACAACCGGCGGCAGCAGCGGCGCUCGAGACCCGACCUGGAUCGAGGUCUACAUGGAGGGCGUCGACGAAGUGGGCGCCCACUGCGGGCUGUUUGUCCCCGACGGGCCGCAUUAUGAGCGGCUUGUCGGGGACGUCGGUGAGAGGAUUGCCGGGUGGGUGUGGGAUGACGCCUCCCGGAGACUGGUUCUGGAGGAUGGGCUGGAAAAGGACGGGCCCGGGAAGGGGGUUUGAGGGCGGUAAAAGGUCGUGUGUGUGUUUGUGUGUGGUUUUCAUGAGGGUGUGAAUGGGCGGGUGGUUGAUCAGGUGAAAGGGGAGAAAGGUCUUCCGGAGUUGGGGGUGAGUUCAUUCAGGCCAG